AUGGCCAAUAGAAAGACUAACAACAUCUCUAAUAAGUAUGAUAUGGCCAGGGAUGAAACAACAGAGGAUAUGGCAUUGAAAUCACGGUGUUCUGGACAAUACUGCAAGUCCGUGUGGAGACAUGGCCCUGGAACUGCUGGGGAGGUCCUGGAUCUGCUGGGGAGUUCCUGGGACCUGCUGUGCGGGGUUGAACGGCUAAGACAGACGUAGCCGCGGCGUUUGAUGGGGCCAGUCCUCCUUCUCCUAAAGCAAGAAAAUAAAAUAAAAAUGUUUCUUACUAUCUUGUAGACCCACGAUGUAGACCCAAUUCUUGACAGAAACCAAUUCGUGCACAUAUUAGAUAACUAUCCUCAUGUGGUCUCCAACAUAUGGCCUUCUGCGCCGGGUGUAAUGGACAAUUCUGCCUUCAACGACUUUUCCAAACGACUCGUCGAUGCAUCGAUCUUCCCACACUCCAUUCUUUUCAAGUUUGACCAAGACACAUCUCCAAUUUGACGCAUCCCGCUCGGACCAUAUCUUAUUGAUAAAACCAAAACAUCCUGAUCCUUGUCGUUAUUACUAAAAAAAAUAAUAACAAAGAGCAAAGCUUACAUAAACUACGUCCAAACAUUGAAAUUCGGCCUUCGGAGCAAUCGGCUUCAACAGCUCUUUCAAAAGGUGCGACUGUCCAAAAGACGGCAGACUCUUUUGAUAAGACCGACGAAAUCCUUUUUAUUCAACUAAAACAAUAACAUACCAAGAAUAAAGCUUACGUAAUUGUCCAACCCGGAAUUCGGCCCUCGGUUGCCUUCAAUUCGGAUCGAAUGAACAGAAAUCCCACGAAAAUUGGACCUAAAAUCCGUUCUCGGACUGCGUGGCAUUUCGUCUUCACGGGCCGCGAAAACAUUCGCAAAUUCUUUUUCCUUUUUUUGUUUCCUUUUGUUGAAUUGGCCAAAUAGAUGCAGAGAAGCUGAAUUAGAAGACAACCCGACUCAAGGUGAUCGCCAUACCCAUGGUAAGCUGUUUUUUUUUAUUAUUUUUUGAUUUUGGACGAGAUUUCUAAUUUUUUCUACAUUAUUCAUGUCUAAUAAAUCUUUUUCAGGAGGCAGAAACAUUGAAAUCGGACAAAGGAAAAGCCCUGUGGUAGUUGCCAAAGGAAGUAAGACUUGAUUUAAGUAUUAUUACUUUGUUUUUAGGUAAUUUAGAGAUUGAAAUUGUUACCUGGAAUCAAUUUCACUCCCAUCGGCCGUAUUUUUGCACAAGACUAUCUCCAUUUCGAUGCUCGGAUGCUCGGAAGACGCAUGCACUAUAUGAGGUAUGUAUGAAGGUCUAUUUUUCUAAAAAUGAGAAGGAAAUGUUAUAUUGCUUUUGAUUUCCAGGAAGAUCCAUAUCCGACCAUGUUCUGCAACCCCAGUCAUUGA